AUGGAGGAGAAUAUGGACGUAGAAUGGAGCUGUGAAAAUGGAGGUGCGUCCACUUUUAACGAUGGGACCAACUGUCACUGCAUUGCGAAGACUGAGGACAACGGUAGUAUCGAAAGCAAGAGGCUUUACUUGGCUCGCACGACAGCCUUUGAGAUGCUUCGCGACAGAGGCUACCAAGUUUCCGACGCCGAGCUCUCUCGCUCUCUCUCUGAGUUUCGUUCUGCUUUUGGUGAGAAGCCAGACCUUGAACGCCUCCGUAUCUGUGUGUCUCUCCGCUCAGAUCCCAAUAAAAAGAUUCUUGUCGUGUUCAUGGGGUCUGAACCAAUCACUGUGAAAUCAGUCCGUCCUAUUCAUAGUCAGAUUUCCAGCAGUGAAGGCUUGCAUGGUCUGAUUCUGAUUUUACAGAGCAAAAUGAACCACUUUGCCCAGAAGGAAUUGACAACCUUCCCUUUUACUGUUGAAACUUUCCCGAUUGGAGAUUUGUUGGUCAACAUCACAAAGCACACUCAGCAGCCAAAGAUUGAGGUCUUAACAAAAGAAGAGAAAGAACAAUUUCUGAAGAAACAUGCGCUUAAGGACAAACAGAUUCCUUAUUUGCAAGAGACGGACAGCUUCGUGAGAUACUAUGGGUUAAAGAAGAGACAGGUAGUGAAGAUCACAUACAGUAAAGAGCCUGUUGGGUCUUUCGUCACAUACCGAUGCAUCAUCUGA